AUGAGACGGCAAGUACUGUGGUUUUUCUCGGUCCUGUGUCUCAGCUCAGUGCUCGGCCAGGUCAGCUACUCUAUCCCCGAGGAAAUGGCCAAAGGCUCCUUGGUCGGUAACAUAGCUCAGGAUUUAGGUUUGGAUGUUAAACGACUGCAAGCGCGUAGAGCUCGUAUUCACACAGGGGACAGUACAGAGUACAUUCAGCUUAACAAGGAAAAAGGACUCCUCGUUGUCAAAGAGAGAAUCGACCGCGAAGCUCUGUGUGGCCAGACAACGCCUUGCGCUUUGCAUUUUCAGAUUGCCUUAGAAAGCCCAAUAGAAAUAUUCCCGGUUACUGUCGAAAUCACAGACAUUAACGACAAUGCUCCAGUUUUCCAAAAGGACGAGAAAAACAUUGAAAUCAGCGAGUCGGCAGUCAUCGGCUCUAAAUUUAUGUUAGAAAAAGCAAUAGACCUCGAUAUAGGACGGAAUGGUCUUCAGAGCUACACACUGAAGCCCAAUGAUAAUUUUAUACUUAAAUUACACGGUCAGUCUGACGGUGUGAAGAAGGUUGAAAUGAUUUUACAGAAGCCUCUGGAUAGAGAGAAAAAGGAGUUUGCCUCCUUAUUGUUGACGGCUGUAGAUGGCGGAGAGCCGCAGAAGUCUGGCACUAUGCAGAUUCAUAUAACUGUGUUAGACGCUAAUGACAACGCUCCUGUGUUUACACAAACAAUAUACAAAGCAAGUGUGAAAGAAAAUGCUCUCAAGGGAACCAUCAUCACCAAAGUGAGUGCCUCCGAUGCGGACAAAGGCUCGAAUGGGGAGGUUAGCUACGUAAUCGGUAAUGGUGUGAUAGGAUCUUUAGAUUUAUUCCACAUUACCGAAGACGGUCAGCUCAUUUUAAAUGGGCCGAUUGAUUUUGAAAAGGCGAGAAAUUAUGAAAUAGAUAUUGAGGCAGUUGACCGAGGGGGUCUGUCUGAUUCAAGCAAAGUGAGCAUUGAUGUGGGUGAUAUUAAUGACAAUAGUCCUGUUAUAAAUAUGAUCUCAUCAUCAAAUUCAGUUGGAGAAGAUUCACGUUCACACACCGUGGUAGCUGUAAUGAGCGUAAAUGAUCCUGAUUCUGAAGAAAACGGGAAAGUCCGGUGUGUGAUUAACAAAAAUAUACCAUUUGCUCUUACAGCUACAUCUAGUAAUCUAUACAGUAUUGUGACAGACAGUGAUUUAGACCGAGAGACAGCAUCUGAGCAUAAUAUCACAGUGAGCUGCUCUGAUGAGGAGUGCCCUCCCUCUCCAGCAGCGUCACUCUCACCUUACAGAUCUCUGACGUGAAUGACAACGCGCCUGUCUUUGAGAGGAGCUCAUAUGAGGCCUACAUUGUAGAAAACAACACACCAGGUCUCUCUGUAUUCACAGUGAAAGCCAGAGACGCUGACUGGAACCAGAAUGCCCGUGUUUCUUACAUACUGGAGGACUCCUCUGU